AUGGCUUCUACAGAGGCUGAAACGUCUCCAGAAACCCGACAAGCGCAAUUCGAACAAGGCGUAGCCAUCUCGCUGCACCUAUGGAUCUCCCUCACAGUCGCAGUCCAAAACGGCCUAGGCGGUCCCGAUUCCGAUGACAAGCGUGAUUGGUUUGCAGGCGCCAUUGUCGAUAUGUUUCCCAGUUUCGUCGACCUCGCCAAGCCGCGCAACCCGUCCCAGAAGGUGCCCCAGGAUCCCAUCGCGGAGGACGUUGAAGCCACUUUGCUGCAGGUCAUGUGGGACGAAUUCGAGACCAACGUCGAUGAUGAUUCCGAAGUCGAAGUCGCCGAUCGCAUAGUGAAGGCUCGCACACAGUGCGCCGCCGGCAAUUUCGAAUUCGUCGAAGAGCUGCGACGUAGAUGGUUGGCUACGAAAGGCAAGACGGUUAAGGUGCAAGAGGUAGAUGGAGAAGACCAGGAAACCGACUGGGAAAGCGAUGACGACGAGGAUGAAGAGGAUGAGGACGUUGAAAUGGACGAAGCACCCGCCUUAGUUGCGGUACCCAAGGAGCGCCCUCCGCCAGAAGUAGACGAAGAUGGCUUUACAAAAGUUACGCGAAAGAAGCGUUGA